GGACGGCGCGGCCAGGUGAUGGUGGGCCCCUGUGUUUCUCCGGAGCAAGGGGGACCCCUAGAGCAGCCUUGCACCUGGGCUGCCCCCGCGAGACGUUUGACAUCAGCCCUAGGGAGGUCGGGCAGCCCAGAGCCUGCCUGUCUCCGUUAAGUGCCCUUAGGAUGCAGCGAUUAAGGAAUUAGGCGCUCCCUUCGGGAGGGGCACUGGCUGUGCUGGUGAACCCCGUGCAGUGAAAAACGACAAUGAUGCUGUCCGAGCAAGCCCAAAAGUGGUUUCCAACCCACGUGCAGGUCACCGUGCUCCAGGCCAAAGAUCUGAAGCCAAAAGGCAAAAGUGGCACCAAUGACACAUACACUAUAAUUCAGCUGGGCAAGGAAAAGUACUCCACCUCUGUAGCUGAGAAAACCCUUGAACCAGUCUGGAAGGAAGAGGCCUCUUUUGAGCUACCUGGAUUGCUAAUGCAGGGGAAUCCAGAGAAAUACAUUCUUUUCCUCAUAGUUAUGCACAGGUCCCUGGUGGGUCUGGAUAAGUUUUUAGGGCAGGUGGCAAUCAAUCUCAAUGACAUCUUUGAGGACAAACAAAGAAGGAAAACAGAGUGGUUUAGAUUAGAAUCCAAACAAGGAAAAAGAGCCAAAAAUAGGGGUGAGAUAAAGGUCAAUAUUCAAUUUAUGAGGAACAAUAUGACGGCAAGUAUGUUUGACUUAUCAAUGAAGGACAAAACAAGAUCUCCUUUUGCAAAAUUAAAAGAUAAGAUGAAAGGUAGAAAAAAUGAUGGAACAUUUUCUGAUACAUCUUCUGCAAUCAUUCCAAGUACUCACAUGCCUGAUGCCAAUACUGAAUUUUCAAGUGGUGAAAUACAGAUGAAAUCCAAACCAAAAAAGCCUUUUCUUCUGGGUCCUCAGCGACUCUCGUCGGCACACUCAAUGUCCGAUUUAUCUGGAUCCCAUAUGUCUUCUGAGAAACUGAAGACUGGCACCAUAGGUCAAACACAUCUUCUAGGACACCACAUAGAUUCCUUUGUAGCAGUUCCAGAAAGUGGAAGUCUCAAAUCUCCACACAGAAGAACAUUAAGCUUUGAUACUUCCAAAAUGAACCAACCUGUCAGCAUUGUGGAUGAAGGUGAAUUGUCUUUCGGAAGACAAAAUGACCCAUUUACAAAUGUGACUGCUUCAUUACCCCAAAAAUUUGCAACACUGCCAAGAAAGAAAAAUCCAUUUGAAGAAAGCAGUGAAUCAUGGGACAGCAGCAUAAAUUUAUUUUCAAAAUCAGUUGAAGUAAGAAAGGAAAAUAAAAGAGAGAAAAGGGAGAAAGUGAGCCUGUUUGAAAGAGUGACUGGAAAAAAAGAUAGCAGAAGAUCUGAUAAACUUAACAAUGGGGGUUCUGAUAGCCCUUGUGACUUGAAAUCACCUAAUGCAUUUAGUGAAAAUCGUCAGGACUAUUUUGAUUAUGAGUCAACUAAUCCAUUUACAGCAAAAUUCAGGGCUUCAAAUAUAAUUCCGUCUUCAAGUUUUCCUAUAAAUCUGACAAGCAAUGAAGACCUCAGGAAAAUCCCGGACAGCAAUCCAUUUGAUGCCACUGCAGGGUAUCGUAGUCUGACCUAUGAAGAGGUACUACAGGAGCUGGUGAAACACAAAGAACUCCUUAGGAGGAAAGACACUCACAUCCGGGAACUCGAGGACUACAUCGACAACCUCCUCGUAAGGGUAAUGGAAGAAACGCCCAGUAUUCUCAGAGUGCCAUAUGAACCAUCCAGGAAAGCUGGCAAAUUCUCUAAUAGUUCAUAAAGCCAAUUGUACUGCAUUCGUAAUUGGGCAAAGAAAGAGAGGAAAG